AUCCGUCGUCGUCGUCUCUCCGUUUAUUUAUCGUCGUCGUCGUUUCUCAAUUGAUCUGUCGUUUCUACGUCUAUUCAUCUCAUUCUCUCUCUCGUGUGUCUGAUUUGAUUAAGGUUUGAAUCAUUUCAUUUUGUUAUACAUUAUCUAGGUUUUGUUAUAUAUUAUUCAUUUGUUGAUGAUUUGAAGUUGAUUUUGUAGAACAAUGGAAGUUUUGUGCAUCUGUGGACAAUGGAUCUCAAAAGAAUCUCUCCAGUGGGAGUUUCUUGUUGAUUUGAAGAGGAAUGCAUCAAUCAUUUCCAUAGAAGAAGAUCUACUGUAUGAAGAUUUGAUGAAGAUUGUCUCUGAAGAUUUUAGUGUUAAAGAGGAAGAAAUCAGUUUGAGUUAUGGUUUUUCAUUGGAUAUGAAAUGUAUUAUUGAAAGUUUCCCCCCACUCUCGAUAGGUAAUACUCGUCAGCUCAGAACUUUCAUUUCCAAGACUAGAGCAUUUGAUGGAACCUGUCGUUUGUGUGUUAAGGUUAGUACUGAUCCAGUUAGCUGUAACACUCAAGCUUCUGAUACAUUUGCUUCUACUGUUCCAUUGAAUGCCAAUCCAGCGAUUCUUUCUACUGUGCAGAGUGAAAAACAGGUACAUUGUCCUUAAUUCCCUUUUUCUGUUUGUGUUUGC